UUUUAUAAUUUGCACAUACAAUAUUUACAGUAUACAAUUCAUUUGAGUGUCAAAAGUCAUCAGGAUAAGAUUUUUGUCAGAAGAUACCACUUAAGCAUAUAGAGGACAAGACAAACCAAGACUGCUUUGUCCAUAAGGUGCCAAAAUUUAUACAAACCUAAAGCUCCCAAAUGAAACUUCAAGGCUGGUUCAGGUUUGAGUUAACUUAGAAGUCAUCAUUACAAAUGCUAUUAAUGAUUUGCCACAAUGGUAUGCUGGCUUUAACCUCCUUAAAUUUAACUGAGAUUGAGCAAAUGCUUGUUCCUUUGUUUUUGGAACUGCCACCAUUUGUCUGUAUGAGCUGUUGUGUUCUCUUUCUCUCUCUCUCUCUCUCUCUCUCUCUCUCUCUCUCUCUCUCUCUCUCUCUCUCUCUCUCUCUCUCUCUCUCUCUCUGUCUCUCAGCAUACCCCUCUCUCUCUGCCUAACAUGAGAGUCUGGUUUAGUACAAGGUUUCUGCUGGAAUAAAGGAAAUACAUCUUUGCCACUGUAACUUGCUACACACUGCAAAAUGUUAUGCUCAGGGUAGAUUAAGAUGAGAUCAGAGUGAAUCUUAUCUGGUCAGAAGGAGUUUGGAUCUUAGCGAAAAGUGAAACAAAGAGUCUUUUGUGAAGCACAACAACAUAACAUUUGUUGUGAAUUAGCACAACAGUAAAAAGACUGGUUGAGACUUACUGAAUGAAAUUCAAGAUUAAAGUUACCACGGUAAUGAAGAAAUAUAGCAGUUCAGAAAAAUACAGUGACCCAGCUGACUGACCUUCUUUGAUGAAAUCCACAAAAUACACUUCCACAACUUAUUCAUAGCUCCCACGUAUCGUUUGGAGUUAAUAAUGUUACUAAAAUACUAGAAAGUCUGUUAAGACCUUUACAUACUUUUCAACUCUUAUUUCACAUAUACUUUUUAUCUAAUUUUAUUUUUUUUUACAGCUUUUAACUAUAGUCAUGAUUUGUCCUUUUUUAAAGGGAUACUGGGUAGAAAUCAAUCAAUUUAACCAUAUCUAGUGUUUAAACCCAAGAUUGAAAUGCCUCUUGCUCACCCUUCCUGUCAGAGAAGUGAUGGCAGCCUCGGUGGAUAAAAAGCUCCUAAAAUGCAUGAUAAGUAUUACCACAGGAAUUUAUGAGCAUGAUCCUUUAUUGAAGACAAUGAAAAACAUCUAUUAAUACUUUUUUUUGUGCACAGUAAAAAUCAUUUAUUUUCUUGCCCUUUGUAUUCAAACCAGCGCAUCCUGGUGGUCAAACAGAGGUUAACUAUAAUGUUUAUGUUUUAGUUGACACUGUGGAUCUAUUAAGUGUAAUGCCUACCAAUCUCAGCUCCGUCUUUGUAAAGCCAGUCCACGGUACAGCCCACCUCAUUGAACACGGCUGUGAAGAAGGGGCUUCCUGCCAAGACACUAUGUGGUGUUUUACACAGCAACCUGGCCUCCACCUCCUGUGACCCCACACAUACUCCUGCAGGGUCAAAGUUUGGUGUGUCCUCUGCCAACCACUCUCGUGCCAGCCGGGUCAGGGUGUGGGGCGGGACUGAGUGUGCAGCUGAGUGUGAGGGUGAGGACAUCCUGAAAGCUAUGAGAGGAUGGAGGUUAUUUCUUUUGUGCAGCUUCAGUAUAGGUCUAACAAUGUCCAGUAACUCCCAAAUGAGGAACAUUUCAACAUAUGAAUUAUGUAACCACCGGAAUAUAUAUUACACCAUGACAAAUUUUAUGCUCUAAUGGCAUGAACAAAAACAUCACAGGGGUUAUUUAUAUUUUUAAAAAGUCUCAUGUUUUUGUCAUGUCUUAACACAUGCCCCAAUGUCCCUUUGCAGUAGAGAGAUACAGCUACACCUGUGUCGAGUUGGUUAGUGUAGAGUUCUUGAGUGAAACAGGUACAGUGCAGGAUAAAUCUCGGAGGUUUGUCAUGAUUAUAUUUUGUAUUCUAAUUUUUGGAAAUGUAUUUUAAUUUGUCUGUGUGAAGCACUUUGAAUUACCCAAACGUGGAAAGUCACUUCAUGGGAAACUUCACUUGCCUUCCCACUAUGAACAACCCAUGACAGAAUAAAGCUAAGGUACAGGGGGUGAAUAUUAUUAUGUUAAUAUUUUAAAUGCAUAUCUGCAAAAAGAAAACUACGUGGGGCUUAAAACUUAAAUAUCAAAAGAGAUGAAUGUAAACUGUGACAGACAUCAACAUUUAUCUUUAUAUUUGCCAUCAGACCCUUUUCUUAAUAGCUGACAUGCUGCAACUCAAAAUGUAACAACAGUUUAUAAUGUAAUAACUUCAAUGUAAUAAAAAUUGUUAAUGUAAUAAUAGGCACAUAUUGUAAUAAAAUCAUGAACACAUAAUGGCUCAUAAUGUAAUACUCGACUCAUAAUGUUAUAAAUUGUUAAAUUAUUACAUUAUGUACAAAGAUUUUAUUAUGUUAUGGGCUCAUUAUUUUUUUUACAUUAUGGGCUGAUUAUUACAUGAUGAACUUUUAUGACAUUUAGUUUAUUACAUUAUGAGACAUUAUAACAUUAUGAGUUGCUACAUGACAUGAUAAAGCUCAAAGAGCCUUUGCUGCCAUUGUCCAGGUCAUUCAGGGCUGAUGCUGCUCUCUCUGUACGAUCAAAUGUCAUAACUCUUUGAGGAUUACUUUACUUCUUGGUAAAGCUGGCCAUUGUUGGACAUAUGUGUUUUUUUUUCUGUCAAGUCAAAGUCAUUUGAUUUAUAUCAAUUCAUCAGGGUUUUUUGGUUUAUUUUUUGUUACUUGAACACAUUUUUGAUCAAUGAAUUUAUCCCUUUAUUUCAGAAUGACUGCUGCCUUCUGAGUCACUCCUUAGCACCACCCAGACUGAAAAUGUCACUGAAGUCAAGGUGAAAGUUCUAAGUUGAAAUGAUUUUCACCUAUGCACCAAUAAAGUUUAAAUAAUGAUAUCCAGUAUGGGUAUAACUUUAGCUUACUGUUCAGCAAACAUACAGUUAUACACUACCAAGCAUCACUCAGACAGCUAUAGUUUAAAAACUGUCACAGAUCAUUUUUAGGAAACCAAAGAAAAGAAAAACAUAAACAAACAAAUUUUAACUAUUAAUUCUUUUACUUAUUUACUCUUUUACUAACCUUUAUUAAGCCAAGUUAUUCCCGCUGAGAUCAAAGAUCUCUUUUAAAGUUUCAAUAAAUAAACUGUUAUACCCAUACAGUUGAACUAAUACAAUCUGUCAUAGAAGUUGGUUAAAACAUUUGCACACAGAAAGCCAUAGGUUUAAGUACAUUUGGACACAAUAAGUUUUGCAGUUUACAAUCAGUCUGUAGAUUGUGCAGAGGUUAUAAUCUCACAUCAGUCACAUCACCCGGUCUGCAUAUUUCCAUCUACGAAACAUCAACCAUCUCUGUCCGUCACUCACUCCUCACACCAUCGCUAUCCUGGUCCACAGCCUUGUUACCUCACGCAUAGACUACUGCAACUCACUCCUCCUCGGUGCCCCUCACAAAUCCCUCCAUAAACUUCAACUUGUCCAAAACUCUGCAGCCCGCAUCAUCAACAGAACCCCCUCCUUUCACCACAUCACCCCUGUCCUUCAGCAGCUUCACUGGCUCCCCGUCAGGUCCAGAAUCAACUACAAAAUCCUUCUGUACACUUUCAAGGCCAUCCACAACCUUGCCCCCCCCCUACCUCUCCGAUCUCCUCCACAUCGCCACCCCCUCACGCUCCCUCAGAUCCUCCUCCUCCCUCCACCUCUCUGUGCCCUCUGCCCGGCUCAGCACCAUGGGGAGCAGGGCUUUCAGUCGCUCUGCCCCCAAACUCUGGAACUCUCUCCCCCCGGACCUCAGAAACAUGGACUCACUACCCCACUUUAAAUCCAAACUCAAAACACUACUAUUCCAAAUCGCAUAUUCACUCUAACUGUCCACUUUCACACUUGUAUGUUGUUUUUAUUUAUUUUAAUUAUGUCUCUAACUGUGUUUUUAUGCCCUGUACAGAGUCCUUGAGUGUUCAGAAAGGCGCUUUUAAAUAAAAUGUAUUAUUAUUUUAUUAUAAUGUCAACUCAACUAAUUCCCCGUUUUUUUCUUUUUCACAAAAGGACUUGCUCUUGUUAUAAAACCUGAGCAAAACCUUUGGCAGCAAAUUUAGUAAUGUACUGAACAUGACAAGUUAUCAUCAGUUUAAAAACUGACUUUACAACCUAUUGCAACUAAUAAAAAAAAUCAAAUAAAGAACAAAAAAACAGGAGAGUUUCCAUACAGAAUAUUCUGAUGAAUGAAACAUGACAUGAUUUUUGUAGAUGCUUUUGAUCAUCUGUGUCAAAAUGCCAAAUAAGGAAAUAUUAUGAUAUUAAUGCCGUCAGUUGAGACGUAUGUACUUCUCAUUUAAAACAAAAAACAGAAGCAGUUCUGAAGACUUAAAAUAAGCAGGAACAACACUGUUUUAACUUCAGUCUGUCACCUCCCUGCACUGUCUGGUCUACUUUGCUCAUUUCUUUUGUCUGAGUUGAAUCAAAAGAAACUUAGGUUCACAUCACAGCCUGAGCUUAAGAAGUCGGGCCGAUGUCUCAAGUUACAACUUAGUAAGCAAUGAUUAUACGUAUGAUUACCACAACAAUGUUCUCUUUUGAUAUUAGUGUUACUACAAACUGGAACAGCAUAGAUCAAUACAAAUCUGACAUUACCUUACUUUCUCAGGUGGUUUUCCUUUCUCCACUGGGGUUAAACUUCUGAGUUGUGGUCUGACAACACGGCCACAAGAAAAAAUGUGAUGUGGAAUUUGACCCCCUGUCCAUGUUGUAAUGUUUACAAGCUAAAGCAUUACCACUCACAGUUUAGUAUUGAUUGUUUACACUGAGGCUGAUGCACAGGCCAGAGAGCAAAAUGUGAGUUCAGUGCAACAGAGAAAUGAUCUCAUCAUGAAUAAAAUUAUAGAGUGGUUUACAACUUCUUUUUUUUUUAUGUAACACACAGUAGGGACGUUUUUGGUCAUCUCUUUCUUGCUUUUUACUUUAAGGGCAGUAGUAAAGAAGUUUGCCCACUGUGCAUGAGGAGGUUUACUGCAAUGAAAGACAAUAACAAUCAGCCCGUAGAAGCUGGGAUUAUCAUCUGCAUUGGUUUUGCUGUCACAAACAUUUUUAACACCUGUGCUGACUUUAUGAGCAAUGUUAUUUCAGCCUCAGGACAGCAGCUAGUGCAAAGUAGACAGCUCAUCAGGAUGAGCAAAUCGAGAUGGAGACAGGCCCACUAAAGUGGUUAGACUUGAUCUUUAUUUCUGCCCUGAGGCCAAAAGAAGCAUAUUUCUCCUCUGAAGAGAAUUAUCUAAGUAUUUGUGGUUUAGUGUCACCUCUGGCUGGCCCUGCUAUAUGAAAGAGGAACUUUGUAAUGUUUGCUCCUAUUUCAAGUUUAAAAAUUAUUACAUGUAUAACCCCACCUUGUUCAGUCCUACCGUGUAAUUGGAAUCAAAACUUCAUCAAUGAGUUUUUUUUUUUUACUGUUUUUAAUGAAUUAUUAGCUGCUUUACAUAUGUUGGAGGUCAUUAACAAGAAAAGCCUCUUUUCUUUUCUCUCUUUGGAUGUGAGUAUAUGAUGAGAAGUGAGAGCUGCAAUUAUUUAUAUGGUUUGUUUGUUUGUCUGCUUUGACUUUUUCAGCCACCAAGUCUCCUGUUUCUGUGUCAAAGACAAAAACGACAGACAUUCUUUUAUUAUUCUUUUUGGUUUUUAAAAAUUUGACAGUAAUCGUGUUUUUGUGAAGCCUUGUUUUUAUUUCAACUCAUGUCCCUUUGUUGAUCUGCUACCUUGGAUUUGCAUUUUCCUUUUAAGUCCAUUGAGAGUUAAGUUAGCAGGUUUCGAUCUUGCCACUCUACGAUGAGCUAAAGAGUAAGUUGAGCCACCCCCUGUUGUUUGGAAAUGGUAAAAGAAAUUGAUCAUGUGACCAAAUAUUUAGGAGAUGGGCAUCAAUUCAUGGAGCAUGUGAAGGUUAGAAGCACAUGGGUGAAGGGGUUAGACAUUUAUUUCCAAAAAAAAUUUUUUACUCUUGAAAGUGAAUUUAGUCCGUUUUAUAAGAAUUGUGUUCAUACCAAAAAAGAUCAUUUUAAAUUUGUUUUAUACAUCAAUUGUUGUAUCUAUGAGCUACAACAUGAGGUCAAAAACCGAGCAUGAAAGUCCACCAUUUUAGCUCAGAGGACUAAUAAAGUCAUCUUAGUAGUUCUGGGGUAAGUUGAGUUAGUGGCUCAACAGAGAAAGUAAAGAAGUCGGAUGAGAGGAUCAGAGUUUCAGUUCAGAUUGUUGAAAUGUUUUACUUUUUCUUUUCAAAAAUACAGCUGUGAAUGUUCUGAAUCACUUAAAGGCAUUCUCAUGUUUAAAUGACUUUUUACAAAACAGCUUUUUAAUAGUUAUAUGCAAUAAUAAAAAAUCAUUAUUAUUAUUGUACCAGUUAAAUAGCGUAUAAAAGAUAAAAAUACACAUGAAUGUGAAGAGGUGACUGUUACUUAGGGAGAGAGAAGGUGAGGGAGGGCUGGGGUGGAGAGUGGGGGGAUAGUAGGAAUACGGCUCAAAUUACCCUGCUCCGAUGGUCAACUUACCCCAUACACGGGGUAAGUUGACCAUAGGAGACCACUUUCUUUUGGCAUGCUAUAUUAUCAAGACAGUUAUGUUUACACUUACUCUGUUGGUUUGCAGGGAUGCACAACAUCUUGAAAUAUAUGCAGAUACACUAGUUAGAGACAAAACUAUGAUUGCCUUGACCUGAAAAAUGACUCAUCUUUUUCUCCCCUAUAAAUGUACGCACAAAUACCUCUGGCCAUGACCCUGCAUUUGGGCCACCUAGGUCAGAAAGUCUUUCCGCCUCUUCUCAAAGCAGACCUCAAUUUUAAAGAAGCACAAUAACAGGAAGUUUGAUGGUGUCACAAUGCCCGCGCGGGCACAGAGAAACCUCAGCGUGUCCCCUCCGGGCGCCACAAUGGAACAGCGUGCUGACGUCACACGGACAAGCCUGAGCAGCUUCGCGCGCGCUCCCGACGCCAGCAAACAACAGCGGAGGAGGCUUCCUGCACAUCCAGAGGAACAGCAAGAACCAGGAAGUGAAAGUGUACACAUGGAGGGUGUGUCUUCCACUGCCAGCGAAUGUUUUAUUUUUAAAAACACUGUCCUCCUUGAAUAAAUCAUGGGGGACUCGGCGAGGACCAAGCGGCGGGAGCAGCUGAAACGCUGGGCCGAGUCCUGCACCAACAAAGCGUCGGCCGUGCCCAGGCGGAGGUGGCGGGGUGAUGCCGAGGAAGGGGAAGGGGAGCCGGAGGACGCCGAGCACAGCGACCCGCCCAGAAACGAGCCAGUAUCCACGGACAGAGAUGUAACCAGCCCCUUCCUCAAACGACGGUAAAACGUCUUCUGACACAGGUUCACAAUGACGACCAGCUAACAGCUACUUAGCCGAGCUCAGACAUCUGGAGCUGAAUCUGUGUGCGUAGGUGGACGGAUGGUGGACAGGUCUACCAUAAUAUAUCACAUUUCACCAAUACUCUAGCUGAUAAAUAAUGCUCACUGUCUGUUGUGUCUCAUGUAGUCUCCUUUUUGUUGAAACUGACAGUGGUAAGUUGUAAUUCCUCGGUCUUGGUCUGCAGUUUAGUGUUGUAUGUUAGCUAUCCAGCUAGCUUGCAAAGUUCCUGUCAGUCUUGUGAGGUUCUGCAGGGUCCAACCCUGGGACCACUGUCGCUAAUGAUCACUAGAGCUGGGACGAUUUGCUUUUCUCCCAAUUCAAUUCUUCUACGAUUUUUGGGGAUGCCGAUUCGAUUUAAAUUGCGAUUCUACGAUAUUUGUCAAUUUUCUCGAUUUUGAGUCUGCAUUUUUAACACCAGUGAAACAGUUGAAUGAUUAUGAUUGUCUACCGACUAUACCAGGAACCAUAUUUCCCCAAAAAGUACACAUCACACGGAAGUCAGUUUUUAAGAUCUAAGGUCCUUACACACUGGGGCCGAUGGGAAUGUAGAAUGCGAAAUUAUGCCUCUGUCCCACCUCUGAUUGGCUAGAAAAGCUGGAAACGUCAUCACACUCUCAAGCCAAAAGGUCAGCACUUACAGCCAAUGAGAGGCGAUAAGAUAAGCACAUGAAACUAUGGUAACAACCAUUAGCUUACAUUAGCACAGAUGAAAGUUAAAACAAAGACGUUAAGAGAACUGUCAAAUCACACAAACCAUCGUCAUAUGAGAGAUCCAACGCUAUGACUCUCCACAAGUUGUCCUUCAGGUCGUUAUCUUUGUAAUAUUUGUGUUUUUUAUCAAAAAGCACUUUGUUCGCUGACACGUAAACAAUCAGCCGGUCAGCCAUGUUGGAUAUACCCGUGAAUCUGACGUUGCAACAACACGCAAUCUGAUUGGUCAGAAGUGGACACACUGUAUGCGAAACUUGAUCCAAACGACCAUGAUCCAAAAAAAUAACACUGCAAUAUCGCAGAACGGAAAACGUUGCUAAUGUGAACGCUUGUAUUGACAGUAUACGGGUUCGAAAAAAACAUAUUGAUGUCUGAAAUAAUUGCACGACAAUAACGGUCCCGGUGUGAAAGCAGGUCCUUACAGGCCAAGUGGUGAAGGAGGCCGGACUUUCCCUGGGAAAAGUCUUCCCCGGGACCCGUCUUGUUCCCCCCGAAAAGUCGCAAAAUCGCAUCGGGCUUUAUGUGUAUAGUCAGCUGCGUCAAAAUUCGCCUCCGUAAUUUUGCGUUCUAUAUUCGCGUCGGUCCUUGUGUGUAAGGUCCUUUAUUCUUAAUUUAUUAAAAAAAACCGAUUUUGAACAUAAAAAUCGAUUUAAAAAUGUAAAAAAAAAAAAAAUCACCCCCCACCCUGAAUGAUCACCGACACCAUUAGCUACAGGAACUCACACACUUAGUAAAUGAUGCCCUGAUCAGCAUUUUCGCCCCCAAAUCAGAUCUGAUUCAUAAAUUCUCAACAUGUGCCAUACUGAGUCCCGAUCCGAAUGUGUUUGCUUCCCUCAUAGAGCUGCACACCUUUUUUUAAUACACAAGAUGUGUAAACUAACACAUCUUUAGCUUAUUCAAUCAAGUGUGCAAUGAGGUUAUGUACAAGAGUAUCUGCUGCAAAACUAAUAGCAGUCAAAUCAGAUUGUAAAUCACCUCACACGUUUGUAGUACAGUUCAAGUAUGCCAUUCUCUGAAAUGUGGUCUUGAGAUGGGAAGACAUAUCAUAGAUCCAAAACAUGGGAGAAGCUGAAGUCUUUUCCAUGGAGAUGAAAUGCUUGUCCAAAGUAUCAAAUCCACCCUCCCUGCAGUCUUCAGGGCCAUUUUGUUCAUUUGAAAAUACUGACCCUUGCUUUCUAAGUUUAAAACUUGGAAAUGCUUUUGGCCAAGCUGUUUAAGCACAUGUCCCAUUCGCAGACGCUAUAGCCUUCAUCACAUCAGUAACUGGUUUGAACUCCGGCCACAAUCCUGUCUUCCCCCGCUCUCCACUUCCCAUACUUCUUGCCCCUCCUUUGUUGUCCCAUCAAAUAAUGUGUAAAAUUCCGAAAAAGUAACUUUACAGUCCAGUUUGUUUCUGCGGCCCAGCAGCCUUUUCCUCUACUGCCUCAGUCAAAGCCCUAUAUUCGGUUGUGUGCGUAGUUUUUACAUGUUGCAUCAAAUCAGUGGUGUUGAACACAGCUCUAUGCUGUCGACCCACUGAAUGAUCUUUUGCAUUUGUUUGCAUGACUGUUCUAAUGUCUAGUUUGAAGUAUUACCACACUGCUUACAUGUUGGGGUUACGUCACCUGUAUGUUUGCAUACUGCUGCAUAUUGUUUACAGUUUAUGAUAGUUUAUGUAAAUGAUCGAAAUGAUAUGCUUCUGUUAAAAUGCUCAGAUCUGAUACUUGAGCUCUUCCUUUUAGUGUUUGUUUCAGACAGUGAUGUUCCUCUUAGGCCCACUGUGGGGUUGUUAUAAUAUCCUUAUAUAUAAUUUAGUAUAGCAGUAGCUGCAAACCAAGCUGCAGUUCAGUUUGUCUCAUAUAAUACAAGUGAGAAUACUGAUGGCCAAAGGUGAACAAAAAUGACAACAAGGGGUGGAAAUCUCAAGGUAACAUGAUUUGAUAUGACCCACAAUACCGAUUAUACGCAGUGAUCUUGGAAUAAUUGAUGAAUUGCAAGACAGUCAAAUAAGGAUACAUUUUAUGUGAUUAACUGUGUAGAUAAAAAGUCUUGAUGUGAAAUUGUAAGUCAAACCAGAAAGAAAAUCUAUUUAGAGUGCUGUAUGGUUUUUGAAGGAUGCAUUGAUGUGUCAGAAUUGAACAUCUAUGUUGGCAGAGUUUUGUCUAGUUGACUGACAGGCCCAUCUGCAAAAAAUAUGCCAUAAACCUGUAUCAGAGGCCAAUGUUUUUCUGUAUUUUAUAUCUUUUUUUUUAUCUUUAUCUGAACUACAUUUAACUUAAUCUUCAUUACCUAUAACUAGUAUAAAUCAAGCUAGUAUAGUAUUCAGCAAUACUAGCAAAUCAGAGUCUGUCACCUGCUGGGAAACCUUUGAUGUGUUUUCAUAGUUGGACAUGAAAAACAUUUGGGCAGUGUGGCAGUUUUACACUGUCGCUGAUAAAGAUCAGUGACAUGCAGUAUGUAAAUCAUGGUUCUGUAUCGCCUUAAAAAGAGAAACCAGCAACACUUUAAUUACAUCAGUUUUGUAGCAUAUUGAGGUAACAGACACAGAGAAUUGCAAAGAGACCACAGAUAUUAUCAUCGCAACUGGCUGAGUUGUUGUAUUUGGACUAGAGAUGCACCGAUUCAUAUUUUCCAAUCUGAUCCAAUCCGAUACCGAUACCUGGCCUGAGCGUAUCGGCCAAUAUCCGACACUGAUCCAAUACUACUGCUGAAUGAAUGAACUGUAUACCUUGCCCUGUGAGUGAAGGCAUCAGGUUUGACAUUAGCUUUGUUAAAAAAAAAGGUAACAAAUUAACACAGAUAUAAAUUUACGUAAUAUUAUUUAUUAACAAAUAACAAAUUGAACAUUAGCAUGCGAUUUCGUCAACGUCAUCGUCAACGAAAACAUCUCUGCAGAAUAUAUGUUUAGCGUUUGACUGAUGAAAUGCUCAUGAAUUUUGCAACUCUGUUCGUCGUCCACCACUAACGUUUUCGUCUAGUCUCGUCAACGUAAACGCACAUUCGUCUUGUCACAUUUUAGUAAUCUAAGACUUAUGUUGAACUCGUCAGCGUCAUGUCUUCGUCGUGGAAAAAAAGGGGCGUUGACAAAAUAUUUUUGUCAAUGAAAACAACACUGCAUGUAACCAUUUAGUGCAAAAGGAUAGACAGACAUAGAAUAUAGAGCGAACAGAAUCACUUUAUUGCUGUGCAUAUGUACGAAAAGAAAAAAGACUGGAUCGGAACACUGGAUCGGCAUCAUUAAUCAGAUAUCUGAUCCAAUUGGUUUGUUUAUAUCAGAGCCAAUAUCUGAUCCAAAUAUCGGAUCAGUGCAUCCCUUAUUUGAACUAAGAGUAUUAGUGUAAGCCGUGGUUUUUAAAAUAGGUGCACCACCAUUAUUUUCAACUAAAAUAUUAUCUAUGAGCAAAGAAAGAUUCUGCAGCAGAGGUUUGAUAUAACCUCUGCUGCAGAAUCUUGUUUUAGUCCAACCUUUUUUUCUUGACAUCAAACCCUUCAAAGAAACAUAAAGACAAAUAUCCUGAAAUGAACUGUGGCUGCCUCGGAUGAGUUCAUGGUUCAUUUAGCUUUUGUCUAAAAACUGUUACAACAACAUUGAUUUGUACAGUGCUGUUUCGCAGGAUGUUUCCCUGCAGCAACAUGAACUCUGUGAUUUAUUUUGAGUUGUUCCCACACACUCUGUCCUGGUGCCCCAAAUAAACACCAGUGCACCUGAUGCAAUGUUACACUUGGCAAAGCAGUUCUCUUCUUUUGUAAAAUUUGCAAAAAGCCAUCUAAAUAAUUUCAAUCCGUAUUUUUGAUUUGUCUUCAGGAAAAGGGUGAGAUUUGACAGUGCUGCAGAGUUCCUGGCUGCUUGUGCCAGUGGAGACACUGAGGAAGCCCAGGUGAUGCUGAAGGAGGCCAAACUGAGGGACUGUGAGGAUGCGGCAGAAAUCGUCAACUGUUCUAACGCUGAUGGGAUCACUGCGCUUCAUCAGGUGAGGCUGCCUCUGCAUCUGAGGUUCAGCUUAAAUUAUGUAUCGAUGCUGAGAUGCGUCAUUUGAUUGUUCUGUUUUCCUGCUUUAAAGGCCUGCAUAGAUGGCAGCAUGGAGAUGGUGUUUUUCCUGUUGGAGCAUGGUGCCAAGGCAAACCAGGUUGACAGUGAAGGAUGGACGCCGCUGCAUGUUGCUGCCUCCUGUGGCUACCCUGACAUUGCAGAGUGAGUACGAAGUACCUUAACAUCCAAUAUAAUACAACAGCAUUGCAGCUGUAACAUAAAGAUUCUCAGCUGCUUUGGGGACAUCAGAUUGCUGCGUGGGAGCCUGAGUAUUUCUAUAUUUAACAAUACUUACAUUGUUAUUGAGUUUAGCAGAAAAACAACUCAGCUGCAGCAUGAGUGGGCUUGUCUGGCACUUAUACAGAGUUUGAAGGAUUUAUGAAUCUAUGUCCCCUUUUUUUCUAUAAGCUGUGUGCGUUGUAUGUGAAUAAUAUCUUUUAUGUGCCGUUUUGUUGACUAAAUGUUCUGGCAUCCUAAAAGCAGUUACUGUGGUAUAAGUUAUGAGUAUUUGGACUUGAUCAUCAUGUCUUUAGCUAAAUCGAUUUUCUAUCAUUUGUUAUCAGAUUCCUGUUGCAGCAAGGUGCAUCUCUUUCUGCUGUGAACUGUGACGGAGAUGUUCCUCUUGACAUAGUUCUGGAUGAGACCACAGAGUCCCUACUUCAGGAUUACACUCUGAGACAGGGUGAGCACUGUUCAGAUACCAUACAGGGUUUUCCUUAGAAAAGUUGUAUCAAGGGGGUGUUGGUGAGGACUGCCAGAUCUCUCUUCAUGAUAGCUGUUUACAACUGACCCCAGUUCUGACACUGCAGAGUCAAGCAUUAAUGCUAUAUACUUUGCAGAAGUCUGACUGUAUUGUAAUAAAAGAAAUUUGUUCUGUAUAUAAACAAAAACAAUGCUCUCUAACACAGAACUGGGGGUGUGACGGAUCACAAAUCCCAUCAUCCAGAUCAGAUUACAGAUUAGUGUCAGGAAUCACAAUGUGUCUCAAACCAGCCAAAAGACGUACAAUUUAAAUGUUGGACUCCUCACUCAGCAUCAGCGAGGACUUUUAACUCUUCAUUUUUAGGCAAAUCAAAGUGAAAUAGAUCGCAAAUAUCAUGGUUUGAAUCAGAUCACUGAUCAUUCAGGAUUAAAAGAGACAGAGAAGUAUCUGACUUUUCUUGUCCUGUCUAACAUAACAUAACGACAUGUUAACAUAACAACCUUGAUAACUCUGCACUUUAAGGCACAGUGACUCAUACACUCAAUAACAAGGCUUUCCAGUAACAUCAUGUGAUUAAUGCUCCAUUCCACAGAGGUAGAGUUAUUUCAAGCUAUGUCAAUUUUGCUUUUUUAUACAGUCAUUAAGAAACCUAAAAUUGACUCAAAAGAGGAAUCUCACUUCUAUUCAGUGUCUGAGUUUGCGUCAGUGUUCCAGCUGUGUGUUCUGCCGGUCAAGAGAAAUGUUCCUGUUAUCACAUCCCUGUGUCUCAGUCAAAUAAGUGCCCCUGUCUUCCUGCUCUGCUGAUGUUGUGAGAUUUUAAUGAUUGUGUGAGUGGAGUGAUGCUUUGUCUUGGCUUUAUCAGUAGAUCAGGAGAGGUGAGGACCAACACAUUGCUGUGUAUGUGUCUAUCAGUAAUAGUGAAGCUGUCCUUUUCAUUUCAUCGCCCAUAAAUGUGUGCAUGACAUUUUGGAGAAAAGGUUUUUUUGUUUUUUUAUGUAGACUGCACAGGCGCCAUGCUGGCUUUUUUGAUUGGUUCUGAUGGAGCCUUUAUUGACAGUCAAUUCUCUCGGUGCAGGAAAAUUAGUUAUGUGUUUUGUUUAAAAUUGAUUUGCUAAUCCAACUCUGAAGUAGGGCUGGGCCAUAUGGCCUCAAAUCAAUAUCACGAUAUAUUGAGCAGUUCACCUCGAUAAUGAUAAAUGGACAAUAACUACUCCACAAGCUGCUCACCCCCUCCACAUUAACUUUGUCUACUUUAGCCGUCGCUUUAGCCGCUACAACUUUUGAACCGUCCUCCAUCUCCUUACCUGUGUUUCCCUCUUUGUUAUGGACUGGGUGGGGUGGAGUCACAUCUUCAACGUAGGACAGCGUCUUAAAAGGACAUGAGACCAUAGUCUACCUACACACAUCCAAAACCAACUUUGAUUUAUUUUUUUGAAACCGAAUAUAUUGACAUGGGCAAAAUGACGUUGGUUAUUGUCGUAAAUAUCAGUAUCUGUAAAUUUUCGGCUUAUCGCUCAGCCCUACUCUGAAGCCUGCACCCUCCCCUCAUUCGCACUCUCAGAGGAUAAAAAUGAUGCCUGUCUGUGAGUUGGCCCAUGCAUGUCUCAGGUUGAAACAGAGGCUAGUGCUUUAAGUAGCAGUGCAAACUAGUUCCAACAUGUUAUUUCACAUAUUGAUGAUUUUUUUCCAUUGAUCCGUGAAUCAAAAGUGUUGGGGCAUGAUGGAUCAUGGAAUAGCUGUGCUGUGUUGCACCACUGAUCUCAGUAAUGUUUUGUAACUGAAUUUUCAACACAUACACUUUGCCACAACUCUAAGAUUUGCUGUCAGAUAUCUCGAGUCCUCUUCUUAUGUGAACUACAUACAAACAUAUUUGUAAAAUCCCUCAAAUCUGAAGUUGUACAAGAGUUAACUUUGGCCCAAUGGGCCUCUAGUUAUGCAGUCCACUCGCAGAAACUCUGCACCCCCCUUUUAAGAAGGAUUUUCAUCAUUUGUUUGGACUUAAUGUGGGGUGAAAUCUGUUUGUGUUUGUUUCAAGAGCACUUUUUGUUGAACCAACAGCGUGUUUUGCAUAUUAAACUGAGCUGCAUUAAAACACCCCGAUAGAUUUGGAAAUGUUCCUGGUUGAAACUCAUGAUUUGCUGUUAACAGACUUAGAGACAGGGUCAAAGGCAAAGCUAUCAAACAAAUAAGUUGAAAUAAUGUUAGAUCAUGUCCGAAAAUAACAUGUUUUUUCCUAGUUGGUUGCACGUGCAGGCUUCCUUUAACCAGGAGGAACAAGCCAAUCUUUAUAAAUUAGGAUAAUGCUGCAGGUUUAAUAGAUAUUCACAUAUAUUCACACCUUUCCUGGGAGAUAUUCUCACUGUUUAACACAAAACAGAAAGUUUCAGAACUCAGAUGUUGUUGUGGGAAAAUGUGUGGAGAGAAAGUUGCCCUGAUGACUCAAACCGGCCACAGCCCUGUCACUUUGUUGACCAUCAUGUCUGUACACCCUCCUUUGCUGUGAUAGACUUGAUGAACCCUGCCUCUGAAAAUAAGUGCCUUGUUCAUCCCAGUCUAGUUUGGGUUUCCAGUUUGCUUGGACAAACAGGGAUCAACACAGAAGGCAAAAGAGAGGGAGGCAAAGUUUUGAUAAUAUCCCUUUAAAACUGGGAUUCCUGUUGAACCCCACAAGUAAAGUCAUAUCAUCACAAUGAUAAUUAAACUUUCUUGCUUUUGAACAAGUAAAAAUUGGCAACCAUAAUGACAUUUUCUACUACAACUUGCUGAAUGUAAUACUCUGCAGAUGAAUGGCCCUAAUAUUGGAGGCAAAGAUCAAAUAAGGUACAAAUAAAUGUGACAUUUUGUUUUGGGGUCCAGGUGUGGAUUUGGAGGCAGCCAAGCGGCGAGAGGAGGACCAGAUUAUGACGGAUGCCAAGACCUGGCUGAUUGAGGGUUUACCCUCUAAUGUACAGCACCCUAAGACUGGGGCCACACCUCUGCACGUGGCUGCUGCCAAAGGAUACAUUGAGGCCCUCAAGUAAGCAUCCAUACCCUCAUGUUUUGAUGGAUAUACUGUAAUUCACCACAUACUUUUACUCUUAAACUUAAGAUUUUCCUCCAAGGAUGUCUUGAUAAGUUUUCAUGCAGCUCUGCUAUCUUCUCUCUGAUGUUCAGGCUAUUGUGCCAGUGUGGUCUGGAUGUUUCAGCUGUGGACUUUGACGGCUGGACGCCUCUCCAUGCAGCAGCACAUUGGGGACAGGGGGAUGCCUGUCAUUUUCUGGCUGAACAGCUGUGCAAUAUGAAGGCCUGCAGUAACGCAGUGAGUACAAGUAAAUCAUGAAAAAAAAAACUUUUAUCACACCUCUGUGCUUGUUCUUUUAUUUUAAUUAUAGAAAGAGCAUAUGCAACAACAUUCAAAAGCUUUGAAAAUCUGUAAUUGAACCCUUGGUGAUAAAAAAGUUCUUCCUAUCUUAUCUUAAAAUGCAGAGUACGUAAACACAGAAGUAGAAAUAAGUGAUAAAUAUGAAUAAGAUUGUUCCCUUAUCCUGUAAAUUCAACUCAUGUCUUCAAUUGGUUUUUAAUUUGACCAUGUUUUUCCUACCAUGAAUGAACUUUGCAGGGUCAGACGCCGUUUGACGUAGCUGAUGAGACUGUGGAGGAGCUCCUGAAGGAGUUAUUACAGAAGCAAGAUAACGUGAGAAAGCUCUGUUUUCUUUGGAUUACAUGCACUGCCUGAAUGUGAUUUUGAUGCUAGCUAACCGCUUCCUUGUCUGUCGCUCAGUGGCGUAAUGAAAAGUCAAUUUCUGAGAGGCAAAACGCACCAGGCUCCAGCACGGCAAACGCUCAGAACAAGCGGCGGAGGUAAGUACCCGUCUGCAACUUUUUGAGAGACAUUUCUAUUAGAGCAUGUCUGGUUUCCAGUAACAGCUUCAUGUACCAUGUAAAUAAAUAGAUUGUGAUCCAACAACCUACAGUCCACUGUGAGAUACUGUAAAAUAAAAGGUACAUUGCCAACAUCUGCAUGUCUUUCAGGAGCUCAGUGUGCAGGAUGAGCAGUAAAGAAAAGAUGAAUGUGCAGGACCAGUCCAAAGAGAGGGGAGUUUCAGGAAGCCUGGAGCUGAACGAGGAGAAAGACAGCAGUCCAGGUAAACCAGCAGCAGUCAUAACAGCUUCACAGAAAUCAGUUUAUACUCUGUAAAUUGACUGACUCCGAACAAACAAUGCUGGUUGUGUUUUUACAGAGAGCUCUACCGUGUCGAGUCCAGACACUGAGAGUGUAACCACUUCCACAGUCAGUCCUGCUGACAAGGUACAGAUCACACAGUAGUUCGUUUGUACUGGUAACAUCUUAUGAAGUUCGAUGUAGAAAUGGAUCAGAGAUUAAAUGUGGGUGAGUUUCUUAAUAAGGUGAUGCUGAAUUGUGCUUUAAAACUGAAAUCAAAUGUAAAGCUUUAACUAGUUAUCAUCAUGGCUGUAGAUUUUCAAGACCACAAUCAAUCAAAGAACUUUAUAAGCUGAUCGCUAUUUGAUCUGCAUGUUUAAAAUUCCAUUAUUUGCAUUCAAAACAGUUCCUAAUGAAUAUUAACAUUGUUAUAUGGACAUACUACUCCGUUAAUGUGGGCCUGACAAUGUUAGUGCUUGCCUAUAAUAUUGGCCUGGCAUACCUUGGAUCUGGGCAUGUGCUUUAGGCCAGUGGUUCUCAAGUCCAUUCCCCGAGGCCCACUCUCCUGCAUGUUUUGGAUGUUUCCCUGCUCCAACACACCUGAUUCAAAUGAUUAGCUCGUUAUUAAGCCAUUACAGAGCUUAAUAACGAGCUGAUCAUUUGAAUCAGGUGUGGUGGAGCAGGGAAACAUCCAAAACAUGCAGGACAGUGGGCCUCGAGGACUGGACUUGAGAACUACUGCUUUAGACCCAUCGCAAAAAAAGAAAAGAGAGGUACCGCUUUGUCCACAAGAGGUGCCAAACUCAACUAACAAUUCCGCACAAGAGCUUCAACUAUGGUGCGACUACAGGGACAGAAUAGCACACAAUUGUUAAAGUUUGACGGGUCAACUUUUUUUUCAUAAUCCCAUCAGGAUUAAUGAUUAAUGAUAGCCCAGGGUAGAGUCCAUCUUUCAUCUGUUCUCUUCUGCUAUCAUAUAUAUGACCAAGAAUUUUUUUUGCAAGGCUUUGAAAUUUGAACAAUAAGAUCGAUGGUAAGCUCAAUUGAUCAUUACUCAUCCUUAUCUUGGGUAUAUUAAUGUGGUCUGCUCAGGUACGGAUGAUUUUGUUACAUGUAAAGGGAAAAAUUAAAGUAGACGCUUGAGAAUAAAGUCUCAGUUUGGAUUGAGGCUUUUGGAUAAACUGUCCAGUUUUAUCUCUAUACACCACCACCCCACCAAAAAAAAAAAAAAAAACACCUUUACAAUCUUCUUUAGAAUUGAGUAUGACUGGUAACGUUUUUGCAUCUGAAGAUUAUAAGUAUUUUUGACACACGUUGAAUUUGUAAACAACUACCACAAAUAUUCCUCAUCAGAAAGUUUGUAAAGAAGCACAAUUCUGUCAUCACCGGUGUCUAAUCAGCUCAUUUCAUCUGACUACACACCUAGUAUUUCAGACCCGCCCCUGCAUGUGCUGAACUUCAGAAGUGAAAGCUUUUUUUUUUUCUUGAUUAAAUCACGACAACUAAAGAGAGUAAUUUGAACAGCAUGCUGUCAUUGAUUAUGUCUCCCUCUCUUGAGAGGUAAAUCCAAUCUUUAAUCUGUAACAGUUUAUAUCUGUUCAAUUUCUGUUUUUUUUUUCCUUGUUUCUUAUCUGGUUCAGACACCAGAGGAGAAAGAUGAAGAGGAGAAGGAGCAGGACAAAGCCAACCGCACUGCCAGAGUCCAACCAACCCCACAAACAAGGGAUGCUGCAGCUGAAAGUCCAAAUACCCCCAACACUGACCGGCGCAAGUAAGAAACAACACAAUGCCAUUGCAGUGCCAAAGCCAAAAAAUGAUCUUUUCACGUUUUCUCUCUGUAAUUACAUUCUGAUAUGCAGUACAAAAUGAUCACCCAAAGGUAUUUAUUGUUUCUGAUGAAUUAUAAAGUUUAAUGAAUGGAUGUUUUGUGUUUAGGUUCCAAGCUCCAGUCAGAGAUGAAGAGUCAGAGUCUCAGAGGAAAGCUCGCUCUCGGAUGAUGCGUCAGUCUCGGCGCUCCACACAGGUACUUCUUAUUAAUAAUGCGAUGAAUUGACAUUACUAUUACUUUUUCAAACUCUUUAGUGUCUUUCAUUACUGAGGAAAAAAGACUAUAUCCAGGCUCUCCUAUGCAGUUAUUAGUUAGGCUCCUAUACUGCAUUUUUAGCUCCAUGGAUAUAACUCUCUUGAAAUUUAAAUUAAAGGCAGUUUAGUAUCAAUUUGGAGGAAAAAAGUCCAAGCAUCCUACACCAGUGUACAUAUCUAUCACUUGGCUUGUUGCACAAGUCUAAAGACAAACAUUCAGUGGGGAUAAUUGCCCUGCAAGUGUUGCCUUCUGGUCGAGUGUUCACCACCAUCCAACGUAAUACAAAAGCAUCGACAGCAUCAAUGUCUUUUUAUUCUCAGUGAACUAAAGAAAUACUUUCUGUAAGCACAGCUGAGGGCCUCAGUGUGGUUUUGUAUUUGCUCUGUGCUUCUGCAGGGUGUGACUCUGACAGACCUGAAAGAAGCAGAGAAGACUAUUGCCAAAGCUCCGGACCAACCGUCUCGCAACAUCCAACCCGUCAGCCCCAUUGUUACUGUCACACCUGCUGAAAGAGGUGAGGGAUCUGUUGCGAUUUUUGGGUAAAGAUGUCCGGGCAAUUAAUAUUCUUCUUCUUGUUUAUAAAACUCCAGAAAUGUGUAUCUUUGUUUGAAAUUAAAAACUCUUUAAGACAACAUGUUCAACAUGGUCUUAAAGAGCUCAGCAGGUUACUUCAUGUAUCAAAUGACUGUCCUGGGAACAACUUCAGAAUAAAGCAUGAAGUAAAAAAAACAAGGGGCACCUCUCUGUGGAAAAAAAUGGAUUUAGGCUUUUACUUUGAAAAGUUCUGUCCUGCUAUAGUUGUCUUACAGGUAUCAGGAAACAGCUUUAGUUGUCACAAAACUGUCUGCAGAACUCAGGAACUCACAGAGGCUAAAAUCAACAACAAAAAAACAACCCUCCCACCCACACAUACACCCAUAAACCCACACACUCGUAAAGACACACACCCACCCUUACCCACACACACACACACAAGCGUGCACAGAGCAAGCAUUUAAGAUAUAUUGUUAAAAAGACAUGGCUUUGACACCAAGACAUUUGCAUGAAGAAAGAGCUACCUCUGGACACUGGAGAUAAAAAUGAUAAAAGAAUAAAACCUGAUGGACUAAGGCAAGAAAAUAAUAUACAAUGAACAAAUAAGUAAGAGCUCUUAACCAUGUAGAAGGGGUAAAAGAAGUAAAAACAAAGAAGUAAAAUCAAAUAAGUAAGUGAAGAAAUAAAAUCAAAGAGUUGAUAAAUACAAUGAAUACAAAUAUAUAAAAUAAACAAUAAGAACUUUGAUUAAAUUGAACAGUAGCAAUAAGAGAAAUGAAAUAAGGCAGUCAGUGAAAAGCCUGGUUAAAAAAGUGAGUCUUGAGCCUCUUCUGAAAAACAUUGACAGUCUCUGCAGCCCUGAGGCUCUCCAGUAGGCUGCUCAACAACCGGGGGCCAUAAAUACUGAAAGCUGCACCUCCAGCAAUGUUUUUAAAUGGUGAACCAGUUAAAAACAGUGAAGGAGAGGCCAACCAGGUGCUUCAGUCUAUUUAAUAAAAUGUGAUGGUCUACUGUAUCAAAUGCGGCGAUUAGAUCCAGCAGGACCAAGACAGUGAGUUUGUGGUCAUCUAAAUUACACCUGAUGUCAUUCAAAAUCUUCAAGAGGGCUGUCUCAGUACUGUGGUUCCUCCUAAAACCUGAUUGGCACUUCUCUAAAAUGCUCUUUGUAUUUAAAAAGUUAUUUACUUGUUGAAGGAUGUACGUUAAUUAAGGAUCAGCCUUAAUUAAUGUACGUUAACGUACCUUGAAGAGGUACGGCCUGUUUAAAAUCACUGCUGUAAAAUUGUCAAAAAAUGGGAUGCUCCUUCCAAGGCAGUAGCCCUUCAGCCACAGGUGCAGCUGGUGAAUGCGGCUGCUAAUGGCGUCACCAUGAGGAGGCGUGCAGCAGGCGUGCAGCAGGCGGCCAUGAAAAACACUGAUAAAAAGCCAAAAUGCCCUCAACUUCUCAUGUUUCUGUAUAUCUCAGCUGAGAUCCAUGCACAGCCCAUGGAAAAUAAUUGGCCGAGCCUCUGUUCUCACAAUGUUAGCGCCUAAGACAGACAUAAGAUGCACUGCCAUGCCAGCUCUGGUGGUCUGAAUGGCAGCCAGUUUGCUCCCUGCGUGAAGUACUAGGAUACAGCUGGCAGUGGAAAUGCAAACAAGAUCAGGGUUUACUGCACUUAACUGUAACAAACUGCUUAACCAGAAUAAACCAAACUGGACCACUUGGUGAGAAAGUAUCAGAGGUGGUUCAGUUGCAUCUUCACUUUACUGAAAAAAGUUAUCUAAAUAAAAACAUGAAGUGGUUUUUGGGUGUUGAACUCUUCGAGAUGGUUAGAGGAAAUAAGCUUUCUCACAUUGGUUCUGCAAGGUUACUGCUCUUCAGAGUCAGGCAUUAGGUGUGGUUUCUCUGAAAGGGUGGCUACCACAUACUCAUAUUGCUGAUGCGUACACAGUUUACCCCCCACCCUUGUUUUUUCAUACUAACUUAAGCUCACAACCUGACUGACAUCAUAAUUCAAUGAAUCCAAUAUAAAAAACGAUAAUGAGGUCAGUGUUUAGAUUUAACCAGCGUUUAUAUCUUGUUUGUUCCGGACACUGGUGGUUGAAUGUUAUUUGUAAUAUCCUCAUUUGAAUCUAAUGUCUGUCCGUUUGUUUGUUUUUCCGAAUCUUCAUUUGUUCCAGACACAGACCCAGUGAAGCCAGCAGAGCCUGAGGGAGAGAGGUAUCUGGGAGCAAAAGACAGAAGGAGAGGGAGGAAGGAGAGACGCUCCACAGGCAUCGUUCAGCUGGGUGGAGAGGUGAGACAGCCAAAGUGGAGGACUGGUAUUUCCUACUCACUGUGUCCAGUUUUCUACUCACUGGCUCUAAAUGAGGAAAAAAAAGUAUGUCAAUAUGGACGGCUAUCAGUCAGGAGCACAAACAGGUGUUAGAAAACACACUUUCAGAAGGUACCAGCUGAUAUGCAAAGAUAUUUAAUCUGUUAUUGGUGUGGGUUGAAUCAGGCAUUAAACUAGAGCUGUCGUAAUAUACCAGUACUGAUGAUAACUGUCCUUUUAGGAGGUAAAAUGUUGAUGGGCGAGCUCAAAGAUAAGUGUACAAUAACACCGUCUCUUCAUAUUAGUCAAAACCAAAGUGCCUUUAUUUGUCUCCCAUGGGAGAAAUUUAUCCUGGAUAGAGGGGUCUGCUGCAGACCGGACAACCCACACAUUUCACCACACACUCACAUGACAAAACCGCCAUAAAAAAUCAAUGAAUAAAUAUACAAGCAGUAGGUAAAAUACAAAGCAAUUACAUAAUCAAUAGAGAUGCAGAAGUUAAUAAAUAGGUAAUUAGGGUAGAUAGACAAUAUAUACAAUUUAUGCUCAUGCUAAAAACGUGGAGAUAUACUUAAAAGUCACAAUAGUGCAGUACAUCUGUGCAACGUCAGCAUAACAUCCGUUAACCUCUUAUCUUUCCUGUACCAUCCGCUCAUUUAUGAGCUUCACUGACAGUGGGAUGAAUGAGUGCUUCUACCUGGUGUGUUUACAUAGAGGGACUCUAAACCUCCUUCCUGAGUUCAAUAACACGUAUUAAGGGUUCAGUACAUGUGACGUGUCCGUUAAAGUAUCACUUGCCAGUUUAAGGAUUGAUUGUUGAAAGAGGUCUUGCAAAGUUGUGGGUGCUGACGUGCCAAUAAUUUCUUCUGCCGUUUUUAUCAAAUUUAAAAUCUGAGUCUUCGAUUUCACAGUUAGGUUGCUGUUCCAACUGACAAUCCCAUACCGUAACACCGACUCGAUGGUUGCUCUGUAAAUAAUCACCAUUAUGCUCUCACAGACACCAAACACACUGAGCCGACGUAAAAAAUAAAGACGUUGGUGAACUCGGGCACAGACGCUUGCCACGUGUGUGUGCCAGCUUAGAUCACUGUCAAUAUGGACCCCCAGGUAUUUAUAUAAGAGUGUGCCCGCUCGACAUUAUGUCCAUAUAUAGACAGUGAAAAUACUUUAUUGAUCUGGAGUUGGUGAGCGUCACACCAGGUCACAAACCUGUCCACUCCAGAGCUGUGGCUGUUUGGGUUGGUAUUCGUUCCUAACAAACUGAGUAGGACAGUGACAUCAGAGAAUUUUAGUGGUCCUUUAUGGUUGUAGUCACAGGUCAUAACAGAGACGACAAAAGACAAAUCAGUAGACUGUUAAUGAACUAUCUGAAACAGCCCUCUGAGACAUGGGAUGGCAUCUUUGAAACUGAUGUUCAAGAUUGAUUUUUAAAUAAUGUCGUUGGCUCUUCUGUACGAAAAAGGAUUAGGGCCGCAUGAAGAGAAAAGAAAUAAUUACAGUAAGGUAAUUAAAGUUGAAAUUUGGAGAUCGAAAAUUUAAAUUUCAAGAUUAAAGUGGAAAUUUUGAGAUAACGAAAUGUUGAAAUGUCGUGAAUAAUGUAGAAAUUUCCAGAUUAAAAAAAUGUCAAUUUUGAGAUUUAAGUCGAAAUUUCGACUGUCUUUACGAAAUUUAGAUUUUUAAAAUGUUGACUUUUUAAAAUUUCCACUUUGAUCUUGAAAUUUCAACUUUAAUCUCGAAAUGAAAAUUUAAGAAAUCUCCCUCCUGUAAUUAAUUUUUCUCCUCUUGUGGCCCUAAUCCUCUUUCGUAUUUCUUAUUAUUAUUCAAUAAAACUUUUACACUAUGUAACUGUUUGUUCAGUGUUUCUGUUCUGGUCCAUUAUUCAUCAUCUAUCAGAAAAAGUAUACUUCAAAAUAAAGGCGUAGUUAAAAUAAAGUAACAAGACAGAGAAAAGAAUUGUUUAAUAAGGCGACGUCUUCAUCAAAUAAGGUUCAGUCACAUGUCUGAUCCUUAAUUAACUUCUACCAUCCCUAGUGUGUACUGUGGGUUCAGAUAAGAUGGGGUGGGUUUCGGAAUGCAGUGCUGACGAUGUUAAAUCAUUGGUUUUUCAGAAUGAAGAUGAAGAUUCCCAGCUGGAUGACACAAACAGUAACAGUGCAAAGUGAGUGCCCUUGUUUGUUUUCAGUCUGUUGGUGCUUUCUUUUUUCUUCUUAAUUCACAUACACCAAAAAAAAAACAAACAAACAAAAAAAUGAAUCCCUCGACUUGGGAUGUACGUCUUGCCUUUCUAUCCUUUCAAAUCUGGAUCUGUGGGUUGUUAACAGGUCUUCACUUGUGAUGAUAUUAAAGCCGCAGGGGGAGAAUUUGAAUAAAUAUGUUCAUCUGCUCGUUUGUCAUGACGUACUCAGUUAGUGUGAGUCCUGUUUGACAUGACAUAGAGGUACAUAUGUAAGUUCAUGUUUCUUGUGUGUCUUUGCAGUGAUAGUGAACAUGAAGACUCAUCAGCUGACUACAGAACGGUACGUGUCCGACCCUUCUUCCUCCAGAAAAAAAAAAAUAGUCGCACAUUCCUGAAAAACACACCUGAGGGCGUAAAGCGAAGACCAAGACAAAGCAAGACAGGAAUGAUACUCAACAGGCUUUUUAGGAAAAUGAACAGAAACCCCCGGCGGGUUGUUUCCAUCUAUGUGUGUCUAUAUGUUAGGUUGCUGCUCUCUGAAGCUUUGUGUUGUGUUGUGUUGUGUGUUUGUUUCGUCGCAGCUGUACUUGAAAGUGCUGCAGGAUAACCUGUCUCUGAAGGACAAGCUGCAGGAGAUGGAGCUGCUGUUGAGUCAAAACAAAGUGGAGCUAGAGCGACUUCGACAGGUUGGGCAGGUUUGCUGCUUCUUUUGACCUUUUUAUAUGUGUGUGUGCGUGUGUGUGUGUUUGUGACCUAAUCAGCCAAGGGUUGCAGAAUUGCUGCUGACAUUUGUCUGAGUCAGCUAUAUUAAGAAGAGCCUGAGAAUUUCUUUGACAAAGAGUUGUUUACUUUUGUUUUUAUUUUGCAUUUCUGUCAAAUCUAGAUGACUUGGAAAUGUUGUUUUCAAGGGACCACAAAAACUUCAGGAUGUGGUCUAGAGCUCAGCAGAUGUGUAGCUCUACUUCCACCUGAAUAAGGUUGGUAAAUAAGAUAUGUGUUUUGUGUUGCAGAGUCAAGAAAGCCACACCGAGAGGCCGGCGCUGCUAGAACUGGAGAGAUUUGUAAGUGUCUGUCGCACCAGAGACAAAUCCUCUGUAUUAACAGUUAAUCCUACAUUAUACAGCACACGUGGUAGGAGUAUAACACAGAUUAUUUGUUCCUCAGCCAAUGAGUAGAACGUUCAUGAAGAUUUAGAUCUUCUUUUAAAGAGGCAAGGCAGUUUUAUAAGUGUCACACCUUUUAUUUAUUUAUUUAUUUAUUGAGUUCAUGCUUCUACCAAGUGUCAGACCGUUUUAACUUAAGGCAUGUAUUAAAUUUAAAAGACAGAGGUAGGAACGGAAAAAAAAUAAAAAGACUAUAAUAGAUUAAAAUCAAAAGAAAUAGUCUAUCUCAUCAGGAAAGUAUUUUUAGUGAUCUGCAAAGGGGAAAUUCCGCGGUUGCAGCAAUACAAGAAGUGUCAUGUUGGCAAGUUUGCAGCAAGAAUAGAGUUGCUAAUCAAUAACAAGAGUUAUACAAGGGAAGAAGAGACCUUAUGCAGUUAGUGGCAGUUGUGGGAUAAAUUGACAUGGUAUGACCUGAAAAAUAGCCACAUGUCCAUGCCUGGGUGAUGUAAACUGUUAUAUGAGGUGUGAAACAGACAUACAACAAAAUAGACAAUAUAACAUGAGGUGCAUUGUUAGGUAGUAACAGAUGAUUGAUAAAGGUACAAUGUAAAGUGGCAAAAGGAGUGCAGGAAUAAAGAAGACGAGUAAAGCUGUACAUUAUAGGAAGCAGCAGUAUGAUAUUAACACUGAAGUAUAUGAAGAUAAAAAUGUAGAUAUGAUAAGAGAGAGAGAGUAGUAAAAGCUGCUACACUGCAUCACAACAGUAGUAGGAUUAUACAGCUGUAUUACAAAUAUUGAAGCCCCAUCAAAUGAUGUCCCUGCUCUGCCUCAAGGCCUAAUUCACAAAACAGAGUGUGCAUAUAAUAUUCAAGCUCACACAGUCCUGCAGCUCUGCGCAGCCUGCAUCGAUUUCAAGUCUGUUGGUGAUUGAGAUGAGCUGAUGAGUUGCAAAAACAGCUUAUUCAGAUUUAAAUCCCUGGCUAUUAGACAAAUGGUUAUGCCAAAGUAAUCAUUAUGGAGUUUCUGCUCAGAUGCAUUCGUCUUUGGUCAACCAGAGGUGGGAUUGUUGUCAUGGUCACUGAAGAGUUUGAGAGAGACAAUGCUCAUAAAUACUCCAGCACAUUUACCAACAGCUCUCAGUAGACGGUAAAGAUUUCACUGUGUGGCUGUACGCUCGCUGAAAUAGCUGUUAUUUUUAGUGAGGCUCAUUUGCAUAGAAAGAGGCAUAUUUCCCUCCGAUGAAAUGACUCAUUCAGAUGUAACAGUGGUGAUAGUGUUCGGGGCACAUUUAACCCUUUGUGUGUCUUUUUGGAUCGUCUGUACAGGCUCAGCAGGCCCAAAUACGCUGAUGUUUGAGAAUCAACCUCUGUGAAUCUUAAAUAACACCAAGAUUUGAGGCUUGUUUUGUAGAUGUACAUGUCAAAGCUUUGAGGUUAGAGUUCACUUUUAGUCUUAGUGAAACAGCUUCGGUUUCCUGUUCUCAGGUUGAAACUGUAUUUUAUUGCUGUGUGCAAACUUUGCUGUGUAAGGUGUGAACAAAUGUGACCUGAGAAUGACAGCUCCUUCGCACUUUUAAGGUUCAGCAGAGCAUAAAGCAGAUGAGUCAAAUACUUGUGCAGAGCAUGCUCAUUGUUCUGAGGAUAUAAAUAGCGGCAGGAAUCGUGUGCUCUCACAGUCUUAAUCAGUUUGUGAUGUUUGAUCUUUGGUUCACAGGAGAAGUUGGCCCUCCAGAGGAAAGCAGUGGAGCUGGAGGAUGAGUUAAAGGUAAAGAAGCUCACUCUGACAGGAAUCUCUGUCUGAAUUAGCUUAAAUGCACACAAACAAUAAAUACUGAUGAUUUUAUUCCAUGAAGCAGGUAAAACCCAUGAAAAUCCAACAAGAAAACAGUCCAGAGCAAAGUGUUUGUUUUGUCAAUAUGUCAAUAGUUUUGUCGUCAAGCUUUGUUUGCUCUCAGUACUGCCCUCCAUCUUGAAGAAGGUUAAACAUGAAAAACAAUAAAACUUUAAGCUUUUUCGAUUAUAACUUUAGAAAAAUAAGGACUACGAUAAGAAGAUAAGUUUAGGAAAAACCAAAGAUCUUUAAAAAAAAAAGACUGGAAACUGAAAAAGGACACAGAAACCAAUGGCUUAACGUUUUCCAAUCAGUAGCAUCAAUUUUUUUUUGUUCUGAAUCACACAUGUUCGGCAGUAGUGGUGGAAAGGUCUAACCACCUGAAUUUGAAGCUGAAAGUUCAAAAACUGCAAACAUUGUGACAUCUAGUGGCUGUUUUCAAACUUGAAAACCCAGCCCUCCUCUCUGGUCACGCCCCAUUUCUGUGAAUUACAGUUGGGGCCUGUACGUUGAAUAUAGAUGCUGACAAGAGCCAAAAACAAACCUUUUGACUCAGCAGGCCAGUGCUUGAGGGGGUUUAUAUUAAUGUGAUAUUUCAAUUUGCUGUUGAACUUUUGACAGCUUUUAAAAUGUUAGAGUUAGUUUUAAAAUUCAUUUGAUUUCUAAACUACAUACAUAUGGACUUAAAAGUGAUUUAAAAUGCAACUUAAUGUGUUUUUAAUAUGAUUAAAGCUGCAAUGAAUGGCAAGUAAAAUUCUGUGAUUUAUCAGUAUUGUAAAAUUUCAUUGUUGGACUGCCUUAUGUGUCCAGAUGAGCUUAUCUCAUCACACCAGACUUUAUGAGUCAAGUUUUCUGAAAUCAGUCUAAUACGCACUAAACUUUGAAUCGUGUAUCAGACGACCUCGGCCUCAGCUGAAGAGAAAACACAAUCAUGACCCCAGAGAACGAGCUCAUGCUGGCUGUUCCUGUAACACACUCAUAUUUCAUGUUUCUUCUCCAGGUUUUGGGAGAUCUCAAAGCAGACAACCAGAGGCUCAAGGAUGAAAACGCUGCCCUCAUCCGAGUCAUCAGCAAACUCUCAAGAUGAACCUUCAAAAAAAGAAAAAAAAAAAGAAAAAACUUCCUUGGAGAUUUUAGUAUUACAUUGACAUUUUGACCGACUCAGACGCCACAUAGGAGGAAGGGAGACGACGGCAGCGAGCACAGCACACUCAACAGUAACUGGAACAGUGUAUAGAUUUCAGGGUUAUUCGCCUGUGUUUGGGCCUUUUAUGUUUUGGCAGAUCUACUGUAAAACAAGCUGAACUGCACCUCCCGUGGACUGACAGGGCGCUCCUGUUCACAUCCACCUUCAUAUUAAGUUUUUAUCAUUGUAUUUUUUUUUGAACUGGAAUAUUUUGAUGUGCUUUUCUCCUCUGAUGCUUUGUAUAGAACCUGUACUAAGAGUCCUAAAGCCAUGCACAGUGCCAGCUUACUCUCAAGAGGUGGACUAAAAUGCCAGUCAGGUGUGGGGGCUGGGAAAAAUAGACAAUGUGCCAAAACCCAGCCCUGGUUUGCAUGUCCUUUGGGAAAACUUAGUGGUCAGUUUCAGAUCCUCUAGAUGAGUGGCGGGCUUAUGCUUUCUGCUCCUGCUGACUGCUGUAAAGGUGGACCAAAUUUGCAUGCUUACUCCCUGCUCCUCUGAAUGUAUAUUUAAGAUGUAUAUUUAUGUACAGGGGCCAAAUGUCCUCACAGUGAUGUAAAGGUAAAGUCUUGGUUUCCUUGUCUAAAAAGGACAGAGAUUUCUGGGUGCUAGUCAUGGACGUCGGCUCAUGUUCAGAGGGAUUUUUACAGAAAAUGUUUGUUACUAACGAGAGAUCUUAAAGGGGUGUAAGAGACUGCAUGUUCUUUCUUUUAGUACUGUAAAUCAGUAGUUAAAUCACGUUACCAUGUCGACUGGAAGCUUGUUAAAGCAAAGACCCCUGAGCUAAGUAUUCACCCUGUGACGGACAGCUGUUACUCUUUAACAGACAGGCCAGAGGGGUCAACUCCUGAAUGUUUACUCCAGUUUUUGAGAAAACAAAACAAAACAAACAAACCUGCAUGUCAAAUUGUCUUUGGAUGCUGUGCCUUUCAUUAUACAUUUCUAAUAUUUCUAUUUUGCUUCUGUUACAAACACUGUUAAGUGAAAAUACAGUAUGGGCAUAAAUUAUUCAGCCUUGUCUUAACUAUUUGUGACUUUUAUUAAACUGUCUUUGACUUUUUGUUGUAAAAGAA